AUGUCGGAGUCAGACGACAGUUUCGAAAAUUUUGUCGCAGAGAGUCAAAGUUCUCAGACAAAGGUGAGUAAUUAUUCUUUUUAAAAAUUAGACCAGACGAUUUUUAGUAUGAAAAGAACGAACUUGAGGAAAGUUGUGUAGAAGAUUCACAAGAGCCUAUGAACAAUACAAUGGUUGGUCAAGACAUGUUUGAAUAUGCAAAUCCAGCUGAACCCGAAGUAGAUGAUGUUAUCAAGAUUCUUGUGGCAACUGAUAUUCAUUGUGGAUAUGGCGAAAAUAAACCAAUCAUAAAUAUGGACGCUGUUAAUACAUUUGAAGAAGUUUUGCAGAUUGCGAUUGAAAAAAAAGUGGAUAUGAUACUUCUUGGUGGUGAUCUUUUCCACGAAAAUCAUCCAUCGAGAGAAGUUCAACAUAAAGUAACACAAUUAUUGCGAAAAUAUUGUUUGAAUUCAAAUCCAGUUGAGUUGGAAUUUUUAUCGGAUCCUUCUGUUGAUUUCAAUCAAUCAAUGUUUGACAAAGUAAAUUAUCAUGUAAGUCAUUUUUAUCGUUACAAUAUUGAACUCAAAAUUGAUAUUUCUAGGAUGAAAACAUCAAUGUUGGUUUGCCCAUUUUCACAAUUCACGGAAAUCAUGAUGAUUUGGCUGGAAAAGGUUUGACAGCAUUGGAUUUAUUGCACGAAUCUGGGUUGAUAAAUCUAUUCGGAAAACAUGAAAAUAUUCGAGAAUUUGUUGUUUCUCCACUUUUAUUGCGUAAAGGAGACACGCGAUUAGCAUUAUAUGGAUUAGGAAGUCAACGAGAUGAUAGAUUAGUUCGAGCAUUUCAAAAUCAAGAAAUAACAUUUCCUCGACCAAAUGAAGGAGCUGAAGAUUGGUUCAAUUUAUUCACAUUACAUCAAAAUCGGCCAAGACGAUCUUUACACAGAUCAACAGGAGCAUAUUUACCUGAGAAUUUGAUUCCAGAAUUUUUUGAUUUAUUGAUUUGGGGACAUGAACAUGAAUCAAAACCAGAACCACAAUAUGUUGCAUCAUCUGAAGCUGUUGGAGAUGGUUUUUAUAUUUUACAACCAGGUUCAACUGUUGCAACUUCACUUACAGAAGAUGAAGCUCUUCCAAAACAUGCUUUUCUACUUAAAAUCAAGGGGAGAAAAUUUGCAUCAAAGCCUAUAAAAUUGCAAACUGUUAGACCAAUGAUUGUUGAUGAAUUACUUUUGGAAAAAAUACCGAGAGGAGCAAAAAAAGAUUAUACAAAUAAUCGAUAUAAAGAUGUUUAUGGCAAUUUUAUCGAUGAAGUUUUGAUUGAAAAAAAAUUAGCUGAAAUGAUUGCAAAAGCUGAAAAUGGAAGAGGUUCACGACAACCAAUAUUACCACUUAUUCGAUUGAAAGUUUUAUAUGAAGAUGAAUGGGCUGAUGUUCAAACUAUAAAUACAAGAAGAAUUGGAGCGAAAUAUGAAGAUAUUGUUGCAAAUCCAUUGGAGAUUUUGAUGGUUAAAAAGGUCUGUAUUUAAUUUACUUGCUUUGAAAUAUGUAUUUUUCAAAUUUUGAUGUUUACAGAAAACAAAUCGAGAUCGUACGAAGAAAACCAAAGUGGAUGAAUUGAUGGAUGAUGAAAGAUUAGGAAAUGUUAGCUCAUCGAAUUUACAAUUCAUUGUGAGCUUUUUUCUUUUCUAAAUUCUCUGGCUCAUUUUCUGAAAAUUCAUUUCAGAUCAACGAAUAUUUUGCGGAUCUUCCUCUUGAACAAAGAAUGACUGUUUUGAAACCUGCUGAUAUUGGAAAAGCUGUUGAACAAUACGCUGAUGUUGAGGAGAACAUUGCAUCUGCAAAUGCAGGUUUUCAGAAAUCUCUAAAGGUAAAUAACCAUGAUUUUAUUUAGCUUUUCUAAAUCUACAUAAAUUUUUAGGAACAAGUUGAAUUGAUGAGAAAUACACUUCGAAAAAUGCCGAUUCCAAAUAUCGAAACAGAAGAUGAUUUAGAAACAUUCAAAGAUAUGAUUCACAAAGAUUUGAUUGAUUUGAAGAAAAGUUAUUAUGAAAAAUCGAAAGAGGGACUUGAAAAUGUUGCAGAAGAUGAUGAUAGAGAUUUGAUGGCUUCUUUUUCAAUGGCGGAAAAUUCGAUAAAUCAAGAACAAAUGAAUACUGUGUCCAGCGAUGAUUCCGAUGUUAUUGUAUCAGGUCAGUAAAAAAGUUAUGGGAAAGAAAAUUAGGAAAAUAUGAUUUUUUCAGAUCAUGAAGAUAUUGCUCCACCGAAAAAAACAACUCGUGGACGCGGACGCGGAAGAGGUGCUGCUUCAACAUCUACAAGAGCAACAAAUAAAAAGAAAACAUACAAUUUCUGA